AUGCAAAAAUUUGAGAAUUUGCCGAAAAACAUGCAAAAGCAUGUAAAUUCAGCAGGAGACUUUAAACUACCCGAUCACAAACAUUUAAAUUCAAAAGAAUGUCAAACAAUUUUACAAAGAAAAGUUCCUGCACAUGUUGUUAAAUGGGAUCAUGAAUGUCAUCAGUUAACUAGUCGAAGAUCAAGUGGCAGUCAACGUAUGUUACGUUACUUACUGAAACUUUCAAGCAACACAUUUUAUGCCGAACUGCAACAAGAAAUUGAUGUUUUAAAGCAGGAAAAGAAAGCACUUGAAGAAUCAUUGUCAACUCCAACAAUCAACAGACCGAAUGAAAAUCAAAAUUUAUCGAGAACUUCAAUAGAUUCAGAACUAGAUUCCCAUCUUUCGAUAUGCAACUCUGACAGUCUCACAGACACUGAAAUUAUAAGGAAGCACGUUUCAUUCCAGAAGAAUGCUGCCACAAAUUAUUCUAUUAAUGACUGUCGUGAGUACAUGAUCUUUAUUGACUUAAAAGUCUAG